AUGGCCACUACAUCCUCGACCACCACCCCAGCCCCAGCACCCUGGAAACAGGCCUUCCUCGGCGACCUCGACAAGAUGGACUCUCCCGAAUUCGUCUUUUCAUCGCUGCACCCAGCCCCCAAGGACUCACCUACACCCUACCUCCCUCGCGCCCGCUACUGCAUCUUCCGCGGCUUCUGGUCAGAGUUGCCCGAAAACAAGCACAACCAAGCUCCCCAGAACCCUAGAGUUUACGAGUCGGAGAUGCCCACGUUCACUUCUGAUGUGCGUAUGAUGAAGGUGCCCGAGCUGUUUGCCUCGGGAAGCGGGCAUGCGGAAAAGGAAGAGCAGAUGCAGGGGAGUGGUGGCGGCGGUCCUUGCGAGGCUGUCUACUGGAUCAAAGAGACGCAGGUGCAGUGGAGACUGAAGGGCGAGGCGUUUGUCGUGGGUCCUGAUAUCGAGGGUGAGGGUGAGCAAAGCAAGGAGAGCAGUGGUGUGAGGACUGUCAAGAGCGAGCUGGGCAGCCGUAUGAGGAUUGUGGACGAGGGAAAGCAGGGAGAGUGGUCUUGGAACAAGGAACUCACUGCUCACUUUGGCAACAACUCGCCUGGUCUGAGAGGUUCUUUCAAGGCACCUCCACCUGGUCGUCCCACUUCGGAGCCCUAUGACGACAAGAACCUGGCCCUCGGCACAAAAGUCGAAGAUCUCGAGGACCCCGUCGCAAGAAAGAACUUCAGAGUCGUCGUUAUUAAGCCCGAAGAGGUCGAGCAGCUUGAUCUCAGCGACCCUACGAAGGCGCGUAGACAGGUCUACAUCUACCAGGCCGACGGUUCCUGGAAGCAGGAGGAGCGCUGGCCUUGA